AUGGCUGCCACCCAAGACCAGCACUCUUCAAGCUCCCUCGACGAGAAGCUUGGCGAUGCUGAGAAGCAGACGGUCGCCGCGCCCGUGCCCGUCGCGGCGUUUGACGACCCGAACUUCGACAAGGAUGCCGUCGUGCUCGAGGAUGACUCUCCCUACCCCGAGGUCCGUUCGGCCGUCGCCAACACGGAUGACCCCGACAUGCCAGUCAAUACGUUCCGCGCAUGGUUCAUCGGCUUCAUCUGGUCCGUGAUCCUCCCCGGCAUCAACCAGUUCUUCUUCUUCCGGUAUCCCUCCGUCACGGUGACUUCGAUCGUUGCGCAGCUGCUGUCAUACCCGCUCGGUCGUCUAUGGGCGCGUUUCCUCCCGAACAUCAAGAUCUUCGGCGUCUCUCUCAACCCUGGUCCUUUUACCGUGAAGGAGCAUGUUCUCAUCACGAUCAUGGCCAAUGUGGGGUACCAGUCCGCAUACGCUACGGACGUCAUCGCCGUUCAGCGCGUCUACUACAACCAGAUCUACAGCUUUGGUUAUCAAUGGAUGCUUGUCGUCUCCACGCAGCUGAUUGGAUUCUCCAUUGGAGGAAUUGCGCGUCGCUUCCUCGUCGCACCCCCGUCCAUGAUUUGGCCUACCAACCUCGUUUCAUGCGCGCUUUUCAAUACCCUGCACUCGCAGCACUACAGCGGCAUGGGCACUCGCGGAGGAAUCUCCCGUGAACGGUUCUUCGUCUACGUGUUUGUCGGAUCAUUCUGCUGGUACUUCUUCCCCGGCUACAUCUUCCAGGCCCUGUCAUUCUUCAACUGGGUCUGCUGGAUCGCCCCCGAGAACGUCGUCGUCAACCAGCUCUUCGGGUACUACUCCGGCCUCGGCAUGUCCAUCAUCACCUUCGACUGGUCGCAGAUCGCGUACGUUGUUUCGCCUCUCGCGACGCCCUGGUGGGCGUCCGCGAACGUCGCGGCCGGCUUCGUGUUCUUCUUCUGGUUCCUCACCCCGGUCCUCUACUACACGAACACGUGGUACUCGAAGUACAUGCCGAUCUCCUCCCGGACUUCGUUCGACAACAUGGGGAACUCGUACGACGUCAGCCGCAUCCUCACGCCCGAGUCGACGCUCGAUCCGGAGAAGUACGCGGCGUACUCCCCCCUCUUCCUCUCCACCACAUUCGCGCUCUCGUACGGGCUCUCGUUUGCAUCGAUCACCGCCACAAUCGUGCAUACCUUCCUCUACUACCGCAAGCAGAUCUGGAUCCAAGCCCGCCGCUCGCUCUCGGAGCAGCCCGACAUCCACGCGCGGCUCAUGUCGCGCUACGUGCAGGUGCCUGAGUGGUGGUACGCGAUCAUCUUCGUGUCGAUGUUCGUCUUCGGGGUCAUCUGCAUCGAGGUUUGGCACACCCAGAUGCCCGUCUGGGCGUUGGUCUUGGCCCUCAUCAUCGCUUUCGUGUACACGAUCCCGAUCGGCAUCAUUCAGGCUAUCACGAACCAGCAGAUCGGCCUCAACGUCUUCACCGAGCUCAUCGUCGGCUACGCGCUCCCCGGACACCCGAUCGCCAUGAUGAUCUUCAAGACGUACGGCUACAUCACGAUGUACCAGGCCCUCUCCUUCACGCAGGACUUCAAGCUCGGCCACUACAUGAAGGUCCCCCCGCGCGCGAUGUUCUGGGCGCAGGUCUUCGCGACCAUCAUCGGCGGCACCGUCCAGCUCGGGGUGCAGGCCUGGAUGUUCACCAACAUCCCGGACAUGUGCAGCCCGAAGCAGAAGAGCGGCUUCAUCUGCCCGUCGACCGAGGUCUUCGGGACCGCGUCGAUCAUCUGGGGCGUCAUCGGCCCGCAGCGCCAGUUCUCGUCCGGCCAGAUCUACUACGGCCUCGUGUUCUUCUUCCUCAUCGGCGCGAUCCUGCCGUGCAUCGGGUACGCGGCGUCGCUCAGGUGGCCGAACUCGUUCGUCAAGUACGUCAACUUCCCCGUCAUCCUCGCCGGCACCGGAUACAUCCCGCCCGCGUCCGCGGUCAACUACGUCCCCUGGACGGUCGUCGCGUUCGUCUUCAACUACGUCAUCCGCCGGCGUCACUUCUCGUGGUGGACGAAGUACAACUACAUCUUGUCCGCCGGCCUGGAUGCGGGUGUCGCGAUUUCGAUCAUCAUCAUUUUCUUCGUGCUGCAGUACCCGAAGAGCGGCACGAUCGGGGAGACCACGAUCGCGUUGUGGUGGGGGAAUGUCGUCGGAACGGAGACCGCGGACUACAACUCCGCGUCGCUCUACGCGGUGCCUGCCGAGGGCUUCGGGCCCAAGUCGUGGUCGUGA